AUGGGUGCUUUUGAGAGCAAUCCGUUUAUGCAUACGGGCUUUACGGGUUCACUUUACUCCAUCAUUCCCGAGACCGCGAAAGUGACUGAGCCACAAUCAGAGGCGGAACCGCCUCGACGAGAGUGGCAAAUGACUCUCAUUCUUAAAUCCAGUAUGGUGUCCGCUCACGCUCGAGCGGAUAGCUACCUACGCGACUUCGACCCUGUCUGCUCGGCUACAGCAUCUAAUAUGAGCCUUCCUGGUCUGCAAAGCUGGCCAGAACCACACCACUGGGAGACUUGCCAUGAGUCAUGUCCAGUUUGCGAGAACACCGGGGCGGCCGCGGUGAUAAACGAUACCUACCAUACACAGUACCAUUGCAAGGGCACGCUCGUAGGAGAUGCUGGAGAUGCAAGUGCAACAGCUCAGAUCGACCGAUCGGUUCAACAGAGGAACAGGCGACACCAUACCGGUACCUAUGCGUAG